GCGAACAACCUGCUGAUACAUGUUAAAAUGAGAUUAAAUGAGAGAAACUUCAGCAGAGGAAAGUGAAAACGGCCUUCAAGUGUAAAAAUAUGCACAGUGAUUCCCAAACAUAAAAACGACUUUCCAUCAAUUAUUAAUAUAUUCAUUAUUCUGCUUACAUUGAAUGCAAAUCCAAAACAGCAUUUGUGCUGCUGCAGGCUACCUGCCGUUCUCUUUUCUACAACAACAUCAAAUAUGGCUCUGCUCAUGAUCUCCAUCCCCAGUCCAUAACGUUCUGAAAUUAUUAUAAAAUAUCAAAACUGCUGAUAGGAACGAUCGUGUACACUUUUCUUAUGAAUAUUGCCAAUUGUUUUUUUUUCAAUUACUCUGACUUAUCUGGCCACAACUAAUGCUAAGGGAAUUUUCUUUUGUUUUAAAAAAUGUUUUGGGGACUAGCCUAGAUUUCAAGUGAAUUUGAGAAUCAUAAAGUCAUAAUCUUUUAUCUACAAAGUUAAAAAUAGUUAUAAAGAAAUGAAAAUGCAUUAGAUCAUCAGUCAUAAAGAUCCUGAGUCCAGGGUUACAAAACAAGGCUUUUCCAAUAUUAUUAUAUUAUUCAAUCAAAUAAUCGCAACAUGUAAAAUAUCUUGCAUUUCCUUUUUCAACAUGAUAGUGUGUCAAGAAGCUGAAACUCAUUUAUUAUGAGGACUAGCCCCGGUUGUCACUGUGGUUAUUCUACAUUGGAAGUUACAUUGACAGAAAUGUUGAUGUUUCUUAAAUCUAUUUGGGCAUAUUUCUAGACUAGAUCUGCAGGCAGGGGCAGAACGCUUCAAUGGGUUUGAUGUGAAAAUAGCUCAACAUUGGGUUUAACGAAAGCCAACCAGAGCAACAGGUGUUGGUAGAGAUGAAUGACCCUACCCUCAUUGGCCCCUCCCCCACUGAACAUCACAAAUCUCAGUAUGUACAGCAAGGGGGUGUAUCAGGGUCAUGUCAUGUGAUACUGGACAGUAGAAACCUCAAUACAUUCCUGUUAUGGGCCAACUUAUGAAAACAGGUGGGAGUGUGGAAGUUCUUGUUGACAAUCCCUGUCGCCUGCUGAGGUCGAAACGUGAGAAGUGUCCGGAAAACAAAGUGCAGGAAGAGGAAGUUCAUGUUUGAGUCGUGACACUCACUGAAACUCGGUUUAAUCGAGACUCCUUGCGAAUGCAGAGCUUUUCAACGUGGGCGACAGCUGGCUGAUAAAUAGAGAUGCAGGAUUGGAGCCGGAGACUGAGCUGCAAAUGGAGGCCGAGCGCUGCUGCUGCUGCUGCUGCAGAGGGGAGGGGGCGUUACAGCCGCUCUCUCUGGUCCAGCCUGCCCCGCGGAGACAGACGCGACCCCCGUCCAUGGCUCAGUGUGUGACCGUGGGGCUGCAGCUCCUCAUCCUCGCUGCUCUUGCUCUCCUUCUCACGGUGGUGCUCGGAGGGCGAGGCCACCCCUUGUCACCGGACAGCCAGCAGACGAUGGAGCCUGAGAUACAAGCAUCAGGGGGCAGCUUCGAACAGCAGCAACAGAAAAACUCUGGCCAUCCAAGUGCCAUGCUAACAGCUCCUACAGGCAAUAAGACUGAUGGGGAUUAUCUUCUAUGGGAGAGUGAUAAGGGAAAUGCCUUCUGUCUUGGAGGUUUCAUCUACUCCGGGGGAAGCCUUGUCGUGCCCCGAGACGGCCUCUACAGAGUCUUCCUGCAGAUCACCUAUGAGAGCAAGAGUCACUUCCACUGUAACCCGAGACUCAAGAGCACAGUGUUUGUUCUGCAGAAAAGUUACAAUCUUGAUCAACCUCUCCUGAUGUCAGUAGACACCGUGAGUAAGAAAUUGAAGAGGUGGAAUAAAUCCCUCUAUACAGCCGGCCUGUUCUUCCUGGAGGCUGACAGCAGGCUGCGAGUGACAUCAUCAUGCCAGGAACUUAUUGUUGGGAACGAAGACCGUGUGUUCUUCGGUGCUGACCUUCUGUCUCAGUAAUCUGACCGUUAGGAUCACCUACAUCUGCUCUGCAAGUAGUUUGCACCUUUAACCCCAUGGAAACGUAAAGGGACAGUUUGGAUGCUUAGAAGCAGGGUUGAAUAUGAUACUUAUCUAUCGUCAGAGUUUGACCCAUGCCAUGUUUUGAAUCUAUUUGACAUACAAACUGAUCAAGCCAGCAGGAGACCUGACUUUUGAUGAGGUCUGGUGUCUCAAAAGAGAGCACAGAUAGCGGCUUAAGUUCCCCGUCAGAAAGGGCUGUCAGAAGGCAUAAAAUACACUAAGGUAAAGUUAAAAUUAUAUACUGCAUCUAUUUAUAAGAACCUCGCAACUCACGUCAAAAUAUCCAAACUACCCCUUUAAGGGAAGAUAGCUAGUUUUCUGCUUUUCUUCUAUUACUUCUCAGAGUCUAUAGUAAUGAUAAUGCAAGAAGCUGCCAGUAUCUGCUCGACCAAAGUUCUCUAUUCAUCUCACACACUGAUGAUUAGUGAUUUAUUGAGAAUGUAUAUAUUUUUUUAAACAUCCCAAACUCUUGUAACUUCACAGCCUUCUGACAGAAUAUGACUGUAAAUGUAUCCUAUAACUUAUUCUAUAAGUUCAAGUAUUUUGAUCAUUUAUGCAGAACCAAGUUCAUCAUGCUUUAUUUAUUCAUCAAUUUUGAAAGUGAGGAUUUUCUCUGUUUAUGUUGAUUGAAUAUCUUUGUUAUUGAGACUGUUGGAUGACACCAGCCGAGGAUUUUAAAAUAGUCAACAAGUAUUUUCUGACAUUUUACAAUGUAAAAAAAAAGGGAUAUUCCAAAAGAGAAUGAACAGAUUUGUCUGUUGUUAACAGUAAUAUAUCCGUUGAGAAGGCUAACAGAUGUGUAGGCUGAUCACACAUGGAAAGGGUUUCUCUGUUCUUCUCUACAAGCCGGGUUUUGUGCUACAAUAUGCUGACAUAUGUUUAACAAGGUUAAAGCUGUGCUUUAAUUUAUUAUUGAGUUAAUUGGUUGUGGCGACACUGCACUCUAAAUUGUUGCUAUGCAAAUUGAAAUGUUCUUACUUUUUUGAUGAUUUGUGAUUGUUUUGUGAUGUAUCUGUAUUGCAUUUUGUUAAAGAAAUGUUACUUAAAACCUAAAUAAA